CCAUGGCCGUGAAAGCUCUCUUCGCGUGCUCCGCGCUCCUCUCGACGGGCUCUGGCCUCAAGAUGUCGAUGGACGCCGACGACACGGACGCCCGCCUGCAGCUGAGCCCAUCUUUGAUGGAGGCCGAGAUGCUCAACGCAGAGGCGUUGCUGCAGGAGGUCACCUUGGCGGCGGAGGAGGCGGACGAGGAGGCCGAGCUCAUCGCCAGCGCCGGCAUCGAGGUCCCGCUGCCGGACGAGCCGUCCGCCAACGCGACCGAGGCCGCACCGGAGGCGGCCCCCGAGGCGGCCCCCGAGGCGGCCACCGCCCCCGGUGCUGCCGAGCGCGCCGAGGCGUCCGCCAACGCCUCCGAGGCCGCCGCCGAGAAUGCGACCGAGGACAGCAACGCCAGCAGGGCCAACCUCUCGACGUACUUCGACCCCAAACUGAUGGCCGUGUUCCGGGAGAAGCAGGCGCACCUGAAGGAGACGGGGCUGGCGGAUUUCAUGGUGUCCAAGAAGGAGCUGGACGUGGCAAAGCUUGCCGCCAACUUGGCAAUGAAGAAGCUCAGGCUGGCGACCGAGAAGCGUCGUAAGAUUUUGAUGGGCGAGCGCAUGGCGGAGGCCGAGGAGCGCCGCGCUAUCAAGGAGAACCGCCGUCAGGCCAAGACGGACAUGACGGCGCGCGCCGAGCAGUUGCUGGAGGACUCUCUUGGCGGCCUUGCGGGCGUGAACAUGAGCUACAUGGUCGACGUCGUCCUGGCCUUGCCGGAGGCGCUGCAGGACGAGGAGUUCGUGGAGGAUUUCCGCAACGUCACGAAGAGGGUGGAUGUGAACGUCAGGAAGUUCUUGGACCAGACCCAGCAGAAGACCACCCAGUUCGUCAAAGACAGCACUUCCGCCUCCGACGUUGAGCUGCGCUUCAUCAUGGCGAAGUUCUUCCACGAGUCCGGCUUCCGCCUCCGCGGGCUGCACCAGGACAGCCUGAAGGCCAUCCAGAUGCUCAGGCGCACGGUCCCGGAGGACCUCGAGAGGGCGCUCUUCCCGUUCCUCGGGCAGCUGAACGCGAACACUGUCCGCCUCAGGAUCAACGCCACCAGCCUGGCCACCGCCACCCCGAAGGAGGCGUGCGACCAGAUCACGCAGAUCAUGGCCAACGUCAGCGAUUAUGAUUCAAGGGCUCGAGACCAUCGGCAAGGUCAUCGAGAACGUCUCCACCCGGGUCCUGCCCAACAUGGAGCGCACCCUGCAGGUGUCCCCGAACAUCACCACCUUCGUCGGCUCCUUCCUGAACAUGGCCCGCCUCGAGGUCGGCGGCCUGCAGGAGGCCGCCCACAGCAUGGUCACGCGGGCGAGCCCCAUCAUCGCCGAGAGGGUCCAGUGCACCUUCAGCGGGGCGCGCCAGAGCCUCGGCCUCGGCCUCGCCAGCGCGGCGGCCGCGCUG